CGGUCUUCGCCGCGAUGCUGGGCCAAGACACUCGGGAAGCCCAGACUGGUCGUGUGGAGGUAGCCGACGUCCGGGAGGCGGUGCUGAGGCAGCUGCUGCAUUUCGUCUACACGGACACGGCCCCACAGCUGGACAGCAUGGCGGCGGAGCUGCUGCCCGCCUCGGACAAGUACGACCUGCCACUGCUCAAGAGAAGGUGCGAGCAGGCGGUGGCUCGGAGCCUCACCGUGGACAACGCAGCCGCUGCUGUGGUCCUAGCGGGGCUGCAUUCCUAUCCACUGCUGAAGAGCGCAGCCGUAGAGUUCGUCGCCAGCCAUCCCCAGGUGAUGGCCACUGAAGGCUGGAAAAAUGCGCUGCUGCACGAUGUCGAAAUUGCAGCCGAAAUGUGUAGUUUGGUGGCGGCGGCGUCAUCAAAAUUAAGGUCUGCAUCCAAGGAUGACGAUGAAAUGUUAGCGGAGGAACUGAUCGAGGCAGCUGAAGAUGGUGACGAGCAGGAAGUUCGGAAACUGAUUGCGGCAGGGGCUCCUCUCAACGCAAAGGACGACAGUGGGGAUAGCGCACUACACUGCGCUGUGCUGGAAGGACACGUGGAGGUCGUCAGGUGUUUGGUGUAUGAAGGGGCAAACGUGAACAUCAGGAACUCGAUCCGGCAGACGCCUCUGCACUACGCUUCUUUCAGAGGUCACGUGGAGGUUAUAUGGGUGCUGCUGGGGGCAUCGGCGCAUAUAGACGCACAGGACCACAAGGAGCAGACGCCUCUGCACGUGGCUGUGGCCUCGGGGAACCUGAGAGCAGUCAAGGCGUUGCUGGCGGCUGGGGCAUCCAAGUUCAAGAAGGAUCUCAACAAUAAGGACCCUAAAAAGCUAGCCAGCUCAUCCAUGAGAGAUAUAUUCGAUAUUUUGUAA